UGUUCUAGGGAAUUUAAUUCACGAACGUACCUUAAGGCACGGCACUCAUGGAUCACUGUGAGUAGUGACCUUAAGGCCGAGAAGACGCGGCAACCAUCUUAGCUAGUCAGUCGAUCUACGAAAAUCGUGCGGAACGGAUGCUAAUUCCUUAAAGCGUGCGAAUAACAAAUUUUCGGCGACUCGUGUGUUCACUAACAACCAUAUAGUGAUAAACAAAAUACUCAGGCACAGUGAUAAGUGUUGUGGUAAUCAAUAUUAAAAGAUUAUAUAUAUAUAUAUAUAUACUCGAAAUAAACGUUUAGUUUAUUGCAAGUGUGAGUGCACUUGUGCAACCUACCGUUUCCAGUCAUCCCGAGGGUCGAAACAUCCCCAUAGACGGAGGGAAGGAGGUUACCCUUGUUGCUUGGAGGACAAAGCAACUGGCGACCGAGAUAAACAGUUCAUACGAAGGGGACCGUGGAGUUCAGGACGUAACACCUAGAAUGGGUGCUAAACUGGACUGAACAUAGCAGCACCGGAAUUCGUCCGAUAGAUCUGCAUGAAGAUCUACAAGACAACGAGGAAGACAUCGAUCGAGUGCUCAAACCGAAAUGGUAUGAGGAACUGCAAGGUCCGAAGAAGACUUUCCAUGAAAAAAUCCGUCUGGCUCGAGGACGGUUACUAGCGAGUCAACAAAAAAGACGGGUGCAAGCGGAGAAGAAGGGCACAGUCUACCAGGUGGGCACAAAGGUGUGGGUUAAACUGCACCGGAGAUUAGAUAAAACUCGCAGACUUACCAGAAAAAUACACCUAGUGUACGAAGGUCCGUAUGCGGUUAGGCAGGAGAUAAGACCUAACGCGUACUUAAUCGAAGACUUGGAGAGACAAACGAUAGGAGUCUACAAUUCACGACAAUUGAGGCCGCACAAAGAACCAGAGUAUCGGCGAUUGGACUACAUCCACACAACUGAUGACCACUCUGGCAGCGAAGCUUCAAAAACCACGUCGGCAGUGACGGCGGGCUCGUCGUUGAUGACCAAGUCCAACUCCAGCUCGAAGAACCAGAAGAAACCCUGCAAAGAUAGAAAAGCAGAAAAACAACCAAAGAAGGUUACUAAACGAACGGGAAAAAUAAGGCCACCUAUGGGCACUUACCGUCAUAUUUACGAGAACGAUUCCGAUCCUGAGGUAGUGGAAAAAAUGGAACGUUUUGUGAAAGAAAGAAAUCCUUCGGAGGAGAUGGUGCGCGGCUACUACGGCACACUCCAGAUCCUUAGGAAGUAUCGCGAGCCAUGGGAAAAAGAAUACCUCGAACAAAAAAAGGUGCAACGAUCAGUGGAUGCUAAAAGAUCCCGGAAAAGUAUCAAGUACUCACCUAGGUCCAGGAAAUCCCGCGACGAUCCAAACAGCGACGAUGAUAACCAACACGUUGAGGAAAGACCUAAAAAGAAGUCAAAGAUCCAGCAGCGUGCACGUCCAGGAAAGGGUAAAUCCAACAGUGACCUGAAACAAAAAGGAAAAGAGGUUAAUACAAAGGCACAGAAAAGACAAUAUGACUCAAUAUUCGAAGGCAAAUUCGACUCGGACGUGAUUCAGACAGUUAGAAACUUUGUCAAAACCAAGAAUCCGACGAGAUCAGAGGCAUUCGCGAAGUACUUAAAGGUCAAAUACGCGCCGAAGAAGGAAGAAAGGUUCGUGUGCGCGAUGGAAAUCGCUGAACUAAGUGAUGAAAGUGAAACGGCGACAAGUAGUUCGCAGGACACUAUACGUCUCAGUGAUAUGCCCGAGGGGGAACUCGAUGACGAUUCCGCGGCGUGCGCGGAAAGAGUCUCCGAGAACUAUGCGAUAGCUAGUGCGGUUUUAGAUAGAGCGUGCGCAAAGCCCGAGAUAAACGCGACGAUGGUUGGGCAUAAAAUUAAGUUACUGUUGGACAGCGACGCUAAAUGUAAUGUGAUAUCCCAUGACUUAUGUGAAAGUUUGUUACAGUACCCCGAAUCUGUAUCCCUUGUGGCUAUGUCCGACGUUUCGUCAAGUGACUACGAACCAGCGAGGAGAGAGAUUCAGACGAACUUCACUGUGGCUGGAGUCAAUCUUCGCGCAAGUUUCAUUGUUGUCGAGAACACAUCGUUGUUGUCUGCGGCAGUCGGUCGAGACCUGACCAACAAAAUAAGAAAAUGCGCUAAAAUGUGCAGUUUGUUUUCAGGCGCUGAAAAUCUCGAAAUGGAGGACAAGUAUACAACACUCUUGGAAGCAGGACAGAUGUCGGACGACUCCGAUAUAGAGGAAAUCUGCCAGAAGAUCCAGGAGACGGUCCAAAAAAAGAACGAGGUAAAGGCGCAACGGGACAUGUUGAGAGACAUGUUAAGAACCAAGCUGGAGCGUGAACGAAGAGAACGCGACAGAUAUAUGGAGGAGUGCGACCGGAUUAGAGACAUGUUGUCAGCAGAGGGUGCAGCAACACCGGAAACACUAUCGGAGUCCUCACCAAGAGCGAAGUCUGACAGCAGUGUGUUGGUUAAGCGCGCGCUGAAGCGUACGCAGACGCCCGUGUCGUGUUCCCGGUCGGAGCCAACCAAGGCGCGGCGCAAGGGGAUGAUAGACGAACGGAGUUCUUUGGCGUCGAUACCGACGACGAGCGGAGGGUCGUGCGAGUCCUCAGUGAAGAAAAGACGGCGUAACCGGGAGGUGUCUCUACUAUAGGAGGAAACGUGGCAAAGCGUUGAGUUAGGAGCAAGGACCUGAAACAAAAAACAGGGCUUGCUGGACUUACUAAAGAACUUUAGCUUUCCUUGUGUUAUUAGUUUUACUUACCGGUUACCUGCGAGUAAAAGAACUAGAACGUAAGUUGCCAAGUAGGUUAAGGCAAUACUAGUUUUAAGCUCGUUUGUUUUCUUUUAUGUAUAUGUAUCACUAGACAAUAUAUAACCAAUCCUGGGUAACAGGAAUUAUUGUUAGGAGUAUUUAUGUUUUUGUAGUAGUUAAACGUAACAAAACACCCUUUUGGCAUUAAAGGAGUUACGUUGGCCGAGAAAAAGAAAAAAGGGCCAAAGUUAGUUUUAAGAUUAUUUUUAUUUCUUAUACUAUUCCUUGUUUCGUUCUUGUUUGAGAAAACCUUGUUUUAAGCGUUAACUACGUAUAUGUUUUAUUUUGUGUAAGAGCCUAUAGGUGUAAGACAGAGGCCGUGUUUUGAUAGUUAGCGUUUUUUCUUUAAAUUUAGUUUGUGCGAGUAGCCGUCACGGAGGUGAAAUAAGCGGAACCCGGGUCUAGGCUGUGAGUGCGCAAGGUACCUGGUGUUAGUAGAGUGGUUGAGCGAAAAAGUUGGUGUUAAGGAAAAGUACCUGGUAAACAACAGUCUGAUAGCUGCAACGGAACCAAACGUUGUGAAAUAAAACGUUAUUUGAAGUUUGUAAAAUUUUUUGUAAGAUUAAGAUUAAGAAAAAAUUUUAUUGUUGUUAGGACCAUGGACCGUUGUAGAAACAAGCCAUGAUAAAAUUUUUGCUUAAUCGGCAAUUUUUGGUAAUUUGUUUAAUUAACAAAUUAUGUGGUCAGACAAUUGUUCGCCAGUGUCAGGAGACCCUGAAAGUACUAAGGCGUUUGCUUAUUUCGCGCCCGAGGAGAAUUUUUUGUUCUAGGGAAUUUAAUUCACGAACGUACCUUAAGGCACGGCACUCAUGGAUCACUGUGAGUAGUGACCUUAAGGCCGAGAAGACGCGGCAACCAUCUUAGCUAGUCAGUCGAUCUACGAAAAUCGUGCGGAACGGAUGCUAAUUCCUUAAAGCGUGCGAAUAACAAAUUUUCGGCGACUCGUGUGUUCACUAACAACCAUAUAGUGAUAAACAAACUACUCAGGCACAGUGAUAA